AUAUCGCUGUGCGGGCACCGGCAGGCGCUGAGGCAUGCGCUGGGCCUGGUGGGGGAGAUGCGCACACGGGGCAUUGCAUGCAACACGCACACCUACUCCGCGCUCAUGAACGUCGCCAUCAAGUGCGGCGAGCUCGAGCUCGCGCUGGACGUCUUCCACCAGCUGCAGGUGGAUGGGCUGCGCGCGAAUGUGGUCACAUACAACACGCUGAUCGACAUCUACGGCAAGCUGGGCCGCUGGCAGGACGCCAUCGUUGCUGACAUAACGCUGAUGUGGCAGGGGCUGGAGCCGGAGGCGCGCACCUUCAACACCAUCAUCAUCGCCUGCAACAUGUGCGGCCAGCCCCAAGAGGCGCUGCGAGUGUUCGACAUAAUGACAGCCAGGGGAUUCACGCCGACAGCCACAACAUACACUGCCCUGAUCUCUGCCCAUGCCAAGGCAGAUCGGCUGGACCAUGCGCUCGCCACCUUCCAGAGAAUGGCGGAGGAGGGCUGCGAGCGGAGCGUGAUAACGUACUCUGCCCUGAUCGGCACCUGCGAGAAGGCCGGCCGCUGGCGGCUGGCGCUGGACCUCUUCGCGCAAAUGGGCCGCGACGGGAUCGCGCCAAACACCGCCAUCUACAACGCCGCCAUGUCCGCCUGCGCGCAGGGGGCAUGUGCAGAGGAGGCGCGCGCAAUCUUCACAGCCAUGAAGCGGAGCACAUGCCGGCCAGAUGCGCUGACGCACACCGCGCUCGCGACCGCCUGUCAGCGCUGCGGCGACUGGGCCGGCGCCCUUAAGGUGCGGCUUUGCUUUCAAGCCUUACAUGCUCCUUUACAAGGAGCGGGUCGUGAGUUAAAACGUUAUUUUGUUCCAUUUCCACAAGAUCUGGGAGGUGGUUGCGAUUCAAUUUGUGCUCACCCGGCUCGAGCCGUAAAAGAGAGAACGUGA